CGCCGCCGGCCCGACGCCGCCAUGAGCGCAGCGCUCUUCAGCCUGGACAUCCCGGCGCGCGGCGCGCCCUGGACCGCGGAGCCCGCUGCCUUCUACGAGCCCGGCCGCGCGGGGAAGCCGGGCCGCGGAGCCGAGCCGGCCGCGCCCGCCAUGUACGACGACGAGAGCGCCAUCGACUUCAGCACCUACAUCGACUCCAUGGCCGCCGUGCCCACCCUGGAGCUGUGCCACGACGAGCUCUUUGCCGACCUCUUCAACAGCAACCACAAAGCGGGCGCCCUAGAGCUACUGCCCGGCGGCCCCGCGCGCCCCGCGGGCCCGGGCCCCGCGCCGCGACCGCUCAAGCGCGAGCCCGACUGGGGCGACGGCGACGCGCCCGGCUCGCUGCUGCCCGCGCAGGUGGCCGCGUGCGCGCAGACGGUGGUGAGCCUGGCGGCCGCGGCGCAGCCCACGCCACCCGCGUCGCCCGAGCCGCCGCGCCGCAGCCCCGCGCCCCCAGCGCCCGGGCCGGCGCGCGACAAGGCAGCGGGCAAGCGGGGCCCAGACCGCGGCAGCCCUGAGUACCGGCAGCGGCGGGAGCGUAACAACAUCGCCGUGCGCAAGAGCCGCGACAAGGCCAAGCGGCGCAACCAGGAGAUGCAGCAGAAGCUGGUGGAGCUUUCGGCCGAGAACGAGAAGCUGCAGCAGCGCGUGGAGCAGCUCACGCGGGACCUGGCCGGCCUGCGGCGCUUCUUCAAGCAGCUGCCCGGCGCACCCUUCCUGCCCGGCGCGGGGGCUGCGGACGCGCGGUGACGCGGGGGGCGCGCGGACUGCGACCGUAGUGCCUGGAGCCGCCGGGCCGGACCCCCGGACUGGGCCGGGACUCGGACAGCUGCCGCGUGGACCCAAAGUAACUGUGAGGGCAGCUUCUCUACAUCCUACGCUCUGGGAUGCAGCUAAGGUACAUUUGUAAAAGAGACUUUUCGGACAAGCCUUUGUACUGUAGAUACGAGAAAGACUGAGCAUGCUCACUUUUUUAUACUGAUUUUUGCAGUAUUUGUAAGAAUAAAGACGCGUUAGACCCACCUUGAUUCCUGCGCUCGGGGCCCUCCGGAUCCGCCGGGGAAGGCGCGUCUGGCUGGCGUGCGCCCCGGGGCCGGGUUGCUGGAAGACCGUUGCUUUGCUUCUCAAACAGGCCGAACUCCACCUGUGGACGUGCUUAGUUAACUUGCCCUAGACACGCUCGGGUGGAAGAUGCCCCGGGAACGUGUCAGAAACCGGCCGGAGCGGGUCCCACCUCGAGUGGGGGCUCCAGGGGCAGGGAGAGGGCUCAGGUUAUCCGAAAACCAGUCCGACUCAUCUUGGCUUUCAUGGGAUUUGCUUGCACUUUCCUCAGUCCUGUAGACAGCGUCAAGUAGAUUUUCAAAGUGCGUAAAGUACAGAAAUCAUGUAGGAAAUGGAAAGGACAGUUACAAAGCUACUUAAAAUCGGCUACCUUGCUGGUGCUUGUAACGUUUUAAAGCUUAAUCUGGACGAAUAAAUAAAGCCGUUGCCUUCCGCCCCAUGAGAGUGGGUACUAGGCAGCCUUUCUUGGUCUUGGCUGCUACGUC